AUGCAAGGUUCGAGAGACUUUGGUGCCCAGCUAUUCUGUGCUAUGCUGAGAGGAGUGGGUGUUGAUACACGCUUGGUUUGUUCCCUUCAGACUCUGCCAUUUACUGGCGUGGCCAAAGGAGAGUCUCCCAAAAAGCGAACAAAAGGAUACAUAGUCGUAUCUGAAGAUGAUGAUUCAAGUUCUAGCCUAAUUUCUCCCCUAGACGAUUCACCACACUCUGACUCUCCAUUUCCAGUUUUCUGGGUUGAAGUAUUUAAUCAUGCAAUGCAGAAAUGGGUAUGUGUUGAUCCGCUGGUUACAAAUACCGUGGGGAAACCUGCGCUAUUUGAACCACCCGCAAGUGAUAAAUACAAUAACAUGAAUUACGUAAUUGCGUUCAAUGAAGAUGGUUUCGCCCGAGAUGUCACCCGGCGAUACGUGAAGUCGUUCAACUCAAAAACAAGAAAAGCCCGAGUUGAAUCUACCAAAGAAGGAGAAAAAUGGUGGAACCAUACCAUGCACGCGCUUGAGUCACCAAUCCCAGAGGACCGGGACCAACUAGAGCUUGGAGAAUUGACAGCCAAGGCGGCAAGUGAAGGUAUGCCUAAGAGUGUGCAGGACUUCAAAAAUCACCCUGUAUAUGCUCUAGAACAGCAUCUGCGGUGGAAUGAGGUUAUAUAUCCAAAGCGGGAGAUUGGAAAAGUUGGGCUGAGUAAGCUAUCACUGAACAAGAAAGCUCCGCCGUUGGAAUCUGUAUACCGCCGGACAGAUGUACAUUCCGUCAAGAGUGCGGAUGGCUGGUACCGACAGGGGCGUAAAGUCAAGGCUGGAGAACAGCCGCUGAAGAGAGUCAAAGCGCGAGGCCAAAUGCGCCAGCAUAUCUUCAACCCUGAUGAAGAAGCCCCUGAGACACCCAUGUAUGCCGCCUAUCAGACAGAGCUCUAUAUUCCAGAGCCAGUCCUUGACGGGAAGGUACCAAGAAAUGAGUAUGGGAAUAUUGAUGUAUAUAUACCUUCUAUGGUCCCGCGGGGGGGAUUCCACCUCAGACAUCCGGAUGCUGCUGAAGCAGCUAAGUUAUUACGCAUUGAUUAUGCUGAUGCAGUUGUUGGCUUCAAGUUCAAAAAGCGACACGGUACAGCUGUCAUAGACGGAAUUGUUGCUGCCACUGAGUACCGAGAAGCUCUCGAAGCCAUUAUUUCGGGCAUUAACGAUGAAAGGCAACAGGCUGAAGAAACCCGCCGGACUAUGGCUGCUCUUCACAUGUGGAAACUGUUUUUGAUCAAGCUCCGAGUCCUUGAGCGGGUGAACAGUUACAGAGUUGAAGGGGAUGAUAGUCGAGGAGACAUGGUGCAAGGCGCACAAGAAGCGGAAGAACAAGGAGGCGGAUUCCUACCCGAAAAUGACCCUGUUGGCCAGAUGAUAUCUUCUGCCAACGACUCUAUAGACGACCCGUACAUCCUGUAUGAAUCGGUAGAAACCAGCGGGAAUUUAGAGGAAAGCAUUGGUGGUGGCUUUUUGCCGGAACCGGAAAUACCACAGCAAACCUCUACAGGGGAUAUGGCUCAUGGGUUCUUGCGGGAAAGAGAACCUGUAGUGUCUGCCUCUCAUCCUCGAUAUACUCUAGCUGUCGUUCCUGAACAAGACCACACCCGGCGACACCUGUCUGUCAUUUCGACCGGGCCUGAACGGCAAGAUAACGUGGAACCUGGAAGCUCUCAACCUGCAGAUGGUACCCGCUCAGCUCCUAUGACAGUUGAUUCCCCUGAAAGAGAGGUCUCGGGACUGCCUGAGCUAGUACAUGUCGAUUCUGACAGCGAUAUAGACCGCAGCUCCAUGAUAUCUCACGACCCCGAGGAUGAUGAUGCGGAGCCAGAGUGGCUGCUGUCUGAUUAA